AUGCGCGCCUCAUCGGUCCUCGUGGCUCUCUUCGCUACCCUCGCUGUCGCCGUCCCAAGCAACCUCGACUCCGUCAACCUCCCCUCCCUCCUCGAGACCCGCCAAUGCGCAAAGGCGGGAACGUGUUCCAAGGGCGGCGACAAGGGCGAGAGCUGCUCGGCGCUAAAGUGCUGCAGCAAUUCCAAGUCUGGUCGUGGCGGACAGGUCUGCUGCUGCAACUGA